GGGCUCAGUCGGUCCCGGCGCUGGAGCCGAGCGGAGGCUGCGGCGGGUCCGGACCGGGGACGUGGGCGCCGCCCGGGCGAGCCGCCGCGAGGCGCCGGGGAUGGGCGCGGCCGGAGCUCUGGACCCGCGGCGCAUGAACGAGACGCUGCAGCGGCUGCUGUGCGCGGGGGGGCCCGGCAACGCCUCGGGCUGGAACCGGAGCCUCUGCGACCCGCUGCGGAGCCCCGCAGACCUGGACUUCACGGUGCGGGUCCUGCUCUACUCGCUGAUCUUCCUGCUCAGCGUCUUCGGGAACUCGCUCAUCGUCGUGGUCCUGGCCCUGAACCGGCGGCUCCGCACCGUCACCAACUGCUUCCUGCUCUCGCUGGCGCUGAGCGACCUGCUGCUGGCCCUGUGCUGUAUGCCCUUCACCCUGCUGCCCAACCUCAUGGGCACCUUCGUCUUCGGCACCGCCGUCUGCAAGCUCAUGGCCUAUCUCAUGAGCAUGUCCGUCAGCGUCUCCACCUUCAGCCUGGUGGCGAUCGCCAUUGAGCGGUACAGCGCCAUCUGCAACCCGCUGCAGUCCCGCGUGUGGCAGACCCGCUCCCAUGCCUACCGGGUCAUCGCCAGCACCUGGCUGCUCUCCCUGCUGCUCAUGCUGCCCUACGCCAUCUACAGCACCACGGUGCCCGUGCCCGCCCGGCCCGGCCUCGCCCAGUGCCAGCACCGCUGGCCCAACCAGCACUUCACACAGGCCUGGUACAUCCUGCUGCUCCUCAUCCUCUUCUUCAUCCCCGGCGUGGUGAUGGCCGUGGCCUAUGGACUCAUCUCCCGCGAGCUGUACCGCGGCAUCCGCUUCGAGACGGACGUCAAGAGAGAAGCCACAGGUCUCCGGCACGGUGCCGCGGAGCCCCUGGCGCCGGGGCUGGAGGACGACGGGUGCUACGUGCAGCUGGCCAGGCCGGGGGGGGUGCUGGAGCUGAGCUCGCUGGGCCGGGCGGGCGCGGGGGGGGCGCAGGAGGACGGCGCCCGCGUCAACAGCUCGCAGGCCAAGCUGCUGGCCAAGAAGCGGGUGAUCCGCAUGCUGAUUGUCAUCGUGCUCAUGUUCUUCCUCUGCUGGCUGCCCGUCUUCUCCGCCAACACCUGGCGCGCCUUCGCCCCGGCCUCGGCCCAGCGGGCGCUCUCGGGUGCCCCCAUCUCCUUCAUCCACCUGCUGUCCUACACCUCGGCCUGCGCCAACCCCCUCAUCUACUGCUUCAUGAACCGGCGCUUCCGCACCGCCUCCACCGCCACCUUGGCCCGCUGCCGGCCCCGGCGCCCGCGCCGCCCCCCGCCCGACGGCGACGUGCCUGCCACGGGCACCUCCCUCUCCAAGACCAGCUACACCACCGUCAGCAGCCUGGGGCCCCCCUAGCCCCCCAGCAGCCUGGGGCUUCCCCAGGCCCUCCCCCCCAUCAGCAGCCUGGGGCCCCCCUAGCCCCCUGCCAACAGCCUGGGGCCUCACGGACCCCUCCCGCCGCCGGCAGUCCCCCUGCAGGCAGCCUAGGGCCACCUUGAGUCCCCUCUGCCCCUGUCUCUUACCCGCCCCCCCCCAGCGCUGUGCAGUCCCAUGGACUCCUAAAGGCCAGGGCCUGGGCUCCCUGGUGCUGGAAGUGGGGCCGAGGAAGGCCGUGCCCCAGCGGGAGGCUGGGCUCUGGAUUGGGGUUGGUGUCCCGAGGGCCGGGCUCGGGGCCACGCUGGGCUUAGGGUCACCAACGUGAAUCGGGCUCGAUCUCCUGGAGGCUGCUGCAGCCAACCCGGGGGAUUUGCCAGGCAGCGCAGUGGGGCUAAGGCAGGCUCUCUGCUGCCCUGGCCCUGCACCGCCCCCAGAACUGGCCGGCAUGUCCAGGCGCAGGGGGGCCAAGGGGUCUCCAUAUGCUGCCCCCACAUCCAGCGCCGGCUCUGCAGCUCCCAUUGGCCAGGAACUGCGGCCAAUGGGAGCUGCGGGGGUGGUGCCUGCAGGCAGGGGCAGGGACAUGCCAACUGCUUUCGGGACUGGCGCAGGGCCAGGGCAGGCAGGGAGCCUGCCUUAGCCCCUCUGUGCCGCUGACCGGAGCCACCUGAGCCACCUGCCAGAGCCUGCACCCCUCACCCCCUCCUGCACCCCAACCCCCAGUCCUGAGCCCCCUCCCAGAGCCUGCACCCGAAAC